AUGUCCGGACCGUAUAUUGGAGGACUAGGAGAAUGUAAGCGAAGAUACGGCGACACUACAACAUCAGAAGAAGAUGAGGAUGACGAAAUUUUUUUUCAAAAUAAAAGAACUUCAAUGCUCACCAAAAGACGUCGUGUGUCUCCGAUAGACGCGGAAGUUAUACCCAAAUUCUGCCCAGACGACCAAACCAGUAACGUUACUGGAUGGCUUCAUAAAAUUGACCAGUUGGGUGACAUAUACGGAUGGAAUUGCAAGGAUCGCCAAUUUAUAAUGCAGUUACGCCUUGCUGGAUCUGCUCGGGAGUGGUAUGAUGACCUUGACGAUUAUGCUCUUACUUGGGACGGGUGGAAGGAAGCACUUCAAACUGCGUUUCCUCGAUCUACCGACUACGUAGACAGACUAGAAACAAUGUUGGCAAGGUCAAAAAGUGACUAUGAGACUAUGACUAAAUAUUAUCAUGAAAAGUUAUCACUUCUCAAAAAAUGCAACAUUAAUGGUGAACAUGCAAUCUCCUGCAUUAUUCGAGGUUUACCACAUGAAUUGAGAGCUAAUGCUAAAGCCUACAAUUGUGAAACGCCAGAACAACUUUACUUCGGUUAUCUGUCAUCGCUUGAAAACUUUAAACGCUCGGAGACGUCCGCGUUUACACCACGCAAUUCUAUCUGGAGGAAAAAUACACAAAUUACUUCGGGUCGCCGUCAACUUGUUCCCAAGAUCUGCUAUGUGUGUCGACGACCAGGACAUGAAAGGAAGGACUGCCAGCAGCGCUGUGAUGUGUGUCAGCGUCUAGGGCAUGCAACUGCUGCAUGCUGGUAUGCUACUGGAACUGCAGCCAACUCUGGAGUUGGUCCCAUGCAACAACAGGCUUAUAAGGUUAGUGACGUAUUACACGUUACGCUUAAUAAAUACCCACAUAUUUAUAAAAAAAGAGUCAUCGUUAAUGGUAUCAAAUUGAUGGCCUAUAUAGAUACUGGAAGUAAGCUUAGCAUACUUACUAUUACACAAGCCCAAAAAAUGAAACUUAAAACUCGGCCCUCAGUUAUUGUAAUGAAGGGUUUUGGAGGAGCCUGUUCAUAUUCGCUAGGUACUUGCCAAAUUAUUGUAAAUGUUGAUGAUUUAUUUUUGGUAGGAGAUGUAGAGUUAACCGAUUGCAAGCUACCAGAUAUAGACUUAAUAAUCGGACAAUCAAUGAUAAAUCAAGAAAAUGUGAGCUUAGUUACUACGUCGAAUCUCGUAAAAUUUGUUCCAACCUUCACUUUAGGAGAUGUCUUAACAAAAAACAGUUUUAACAUAAUUGAAUAUGUUUCAAAAUUUCCAGUCUUUACAAAACUAGACGUCACUAUACCUAGCCGAACCUAUGCAUACAUUAGCGUAAGUGUCGACUGUGACAGUAAUACUGACAAAAACGAGCACGCAUUCCUAACACAUGCAGUAUGUUUUCAGCUAGGUGGGUUAUCGUAUUAUAUUCCAGAAGCCAUUAUUAAUUCCAGUAUGUCAUAUUUAAAGGUCCUAAAUGUUGGGAAUGAAACUAUAUCAUGGCCUGCUAAUAAACUCGUAGCUAGAGCAGAGAUUUUAAAACAAAAAAAUAAUAGCUUUGAAACCAAUACUCUUAUUAUAGACAAAGUCACCAAUAAGUCCGAAAUUAAAUUGUCCGAUAUCGAUGUGGGAAUUAUAAGAAAAUCCACAUCGGAGUAUGCUAGUCCUGUUGUCCUAGUCAAGAAAAAAGGAGGGGAUUAUAGGCUUUGUGUCGAUUAUAGGGCGUUGAAUGCUAAUACUAUUAAGGAUCGAUAUCCCCUACCUCACAUUGAAGACCAAGUUACCCGUCUAUCGGGUAAAUCCUAUUUUACAACACUAGACCUCGCUCAGGGAUACUACCAAGUACCAAUUGAUGAUGAGUCCAUAAGAAAAACCGCGUUUAUCACCCAAUCAGGCCUUUAUGAGUUUUUAAAAAUGCCUUUUGGAUUAUCCAAUGCACCAGCUGUAUUUGCGCGACUAAUCCAAGUAACUUUAGGGGAAGUAUCUCACGAAAUAGCUCUAUAUUUAGAUGAUGUUAUGAUUCCAACUAUUUCAGUAAAAAGGGGAUUAGAACUUUUGGAACAAGUCUUGGGGUUACUUGAAAAAGCUAAUCUAAAAUUGAAUUUAAAAAAGUGUUCAUUUCUUAAAAAUACCACUAAUUAUUUGGGCCAUGAAAUCUCUGCCGGUACAAUACAGCCAGGUCGAGCUAAAAUUAACUGCGUAGCUGAAUAUCGUCGGCCCCGAAAUGUACACGAAGUCAGGCAGUUUAUUGGAUUAACGUCUUAUUUUAGAAAAUUUAUAAGAAACUUUGCACAAAUAGCACAACCCUUAACUGAACUCACUAAAAAGGAUAUAGAGUGGCAUUGGGAUUCCCAGCAGGAACAAGCAUUUCGUACACUAAAGCAACGAUUAAUAGAAAGACCAGUUUUAGGCAUAUACGACAAGGAUGCUAAAACACAACUCCAUACCGAUGCAAGUAAACUCGGCUUAGGCGGGGUGCUCAUCCAACACCAAAGAGAUGGCAUACCCGUAAAGAUAGUUACGGAUUGCGCGGCUCUACGCACUACGUUAGUUAAAAAGGAUUUGAUUCCGCGUAUAGCCCGAUGGUGGCUAACUAUCCAAGACUUUGACCUAGAAAUAGAGUACCGGCCAGGCGAACGUAUGAAGCAUGUUGAUGCCCUGAGUAGGAACCCAUCCUCGAAUUUUGUUCUCAUGAUAGAUAACGAUGAUUGGUUAAAAACACUGCAAAUGCAAGAUGAAGGUAUUCAAAAUAUUCUCGCACAAUUCCGCGAACAAAGCAUUAAUCCAGACUUAAUAGCUAACUAUGUAGUUAAAGAUAACCUGCUAUUUAGAAAAACUUUUGGUGGAGAGAGAUUUGUUAUUCCUAAAUUGGCCAAAUAUGGGUUGUUGCAAAAACUUCACGAUCAGAUAGGGCAUCCGGGUUUCGAAAAAUGCGAGAAGACCAUCAAAGCACAAUUUUGGUUUCCGGGCAUGACACGGUUCAUACGUAAGUACAUCAACGCUUGCUUACAAUGCGCCUUCGGUAAGGGCAACCAUGGCAAACUAGAGGGUGAACUACACCCGAUAGACAAAGCAGCUUGUCCCAUGCAUACCAUACACGCAGAUCAUCUGGGUCCUUUCAUAAAAACUCGUAAAGGUAAUACUUAUAUUCUUGUCGUUAUUGAUGCAUUUACCAAGUUUGUUUUCGCAAGGGCAGCUAAGAACUGCAGCUCCAUAGAGACCAUAAGGCUGCUGAAAGACAUACUGUCCCAAUUCGGUAAUCCAAAAAGAAUUAUUACAGACAGAGGCAAGGCAUUUACUAGCCGCUAUUUUAAACUUUUCUCCAUUGAGUUACAAUUUAAACACAUUUUAAAUGCUAUAGCAUGCCCUCGUUCCAAUGGUCAAGUGGAGCGUGUAAACCGUACUUUACUAAAUGGCUUAAAUACAAUUUCUGACAGUGAAUGUACAUGGGAUAACAAAUUGUCAGAUGUAGUCUGGGGAAUUAAUAAUACCCCUAAUUCUACUACGGGACAUACACCUUUUAGUUUAAUGUUUGGCCACGACAAUUCACGUUUCCCAUGUUUUCCUAAAGAAUUUCCCCAAGAUUAUGAUUCUCAACAACAAAACUUACAAACUAGAAGAAAAGAUGCUAAAUUUCGCAUUGACAGGAAUAUGACCUUAAUGAAAAGUAGAUUUGAUCGUAAGCACAAAAAAUGCCAAAAGUAUAAAAUAGGAGAUUUGGUUUUAUGGAAAGGGGGUGUGUCUAGAGAUACAACUGCUAAAGUCACCAAAAAGCUUAAUAGUUCAUACACAGGUCCAUAUAAAGUGUGUAGGGCCGAGCAAUCACUCGAUCGUUAUAAAAUAAGUAGUAUUAUGGGUAUGAAAGGUUAUAGAAGGUUCAGUGCCGUAGUCAGCGGUGAGAGUCUACGACCAUAUAAAUCAACACUAUCAGAUGAUGACAGUUCAUCUAGCGACCGUGAAGUAGACAGGGAUGAUCUGAUAGACCUCUUAGAAAGUUAA